GGCUCGAGGCCCCGCCCCGCCGCCCCUCCCCGCGGCGCGCGCGCUCCGCAGACGUGCGCACCGGCCUUUCCCCCACCCCGCGCGCGGUCCGCUCGACCAUGCACCCCUAUCUGCUCCACAUACACGAGCGCCCAGUCACGCUCGUGAAGUUCAACGCAGACGGCGAUUUCUUCCUGACCUGCGCCAAGGAUGGAGACGUGAACCUGAUGCGAAAGGACCCCGUGGAGCGCGUGGGGACCUAUUCCCCCAAGGGGGAGAAGGCUGGCGCCAUUUUUGCGGUCGACGUGACCAUGGACUCCCAGUACGUGGUCACGGCUAGUGCCGAUGGCAAGCUGGUUUUCUACACUUUCGCCGGGGAGCAGGUGAAGAUUCUCAACCACGGCGGCAUCUUGAAGUACGUCGAGUUCAACAUGAAGCCUGGGCAUCAGAACAUGGUCUGCACGUGCAACGACAAGUUCAAGAGCAACACCGACGGCAUGAUCCCGAACAGGAUCAUGGUGUGGUCCUGGGAGAACGAGGAGUGCAAGAGAAAGCUGGCCAUCGACGACGAGCUCCCCAUGAAGGCGACGAAGGUGAAGUGGGGCCCGUAUGACGAGACGCUCGUUGCCAUCUUCGAGGAGGGCACUGUCAUCAUCUACGACGCGGUGACGGGGAAGCAGAGACACCUGAUAAACGCGCACCAGGGGCCCGUCACCAGCCUGAACUUCACAGAGGACAGGCUGCUCAUGGUCACCUCCUCCAAGGA